ACCUACCUAUACUUUGCGACGUUCAAACUCCAUCAAUCGUCUACGCUCAUUCUCUUCAUCAUCCUCUUCCUUAUGUCUUGUUGAGAUGCCCUAAGCUUUAGCUAUCAAUCAGUCAAUCAGUCUUGCACAAGUCCGUUGAGAUUUUGAGCGUUCCCGCCAAUAAGUUAAAUAACGAGGCCAUUAUCUCAGAAGUCACAAUCAGAUAAGGUUUAUCUGUUUCAUGACUCGAUUGCUGCCUUAGCCAAGCAGUACAAGCACCGUUAACUCCUUUGUUUUCUUCAUCAUCGGCAGCUGGGACAACCUUUUCCCUCCAACACACCACCCAAAGGCACAUUUCCAUCAUAAUGGCGGAUUUUGGCGAAUAUCCGCCAAAUAUGGCGCCGCAAGAUGCGCUCAUAGUUCGAGAACAAGCUGAACCUGACCAUGCUGUUGUGCCUUAUUCGGCUGAAGAUCUAUCGCGUCCCAAGGUUGGACCAUUAAACCCGUUCAAGGACGAGAACAACAUUUUGAAGCGCAAGAGCGUCCCAACUGGACACGCAGAGGAGACUUUUCUAAGCGAACACACAUUCCGAAGCAAGCAUCGUGCUAUCGAGCGACGAGGUGGUCCUGAACGAGAGUACCAAACGAAUGCAGAGCAAAAAGCAGAGGCUGCCAGGAUACGAGCUGGGCGAGAGAGCAAGGGCAGCGCAACGAUUGCGGAGGGACCUGGGUCUUAUGUUGGACCUUGGGCACGAUACAAAAAGGCAGAAUACGAGGUUGUUGCGGAUGACGAAGUAUUGGCGAGCGAUGAGGAAUAUGAGGUUGUCGAAGAGGAGGAAGAGGUAGUCGAGAGUGGAACAAUUGUCAAGGCACCAACCAAGGCUUUGGAACGACGGAAGGAGGCCGAGGAGAUGGGCGACGAGACGACGACGUUCCACGGAUCCGCCGAGUACGAUUACCAGGGAAGGACUUAUAUGCACGUUCCUCAAGACUUGGACAUCGACCUUCGGAAAGAAGUGGGAAGCAUCACCAACUUUAUUCCCAAGAAUCAGAUUCACUCUUGGAAGAACCAUUCCAAGGCGAUUACUGCGCUGCGUUUCUUCCCUUCUUCUGGGCAUUUACUCCUAUCAGCUAGCGCCGACACUACCGUUAAGAUCUUCGAUGUGUACCACGACAAAGAGCUCCUACGAACAUACUCUGGACACUCGAAGGCCAUUUCAGAUAUUUGCUUCAACACAUCGGGCACUCAGUUUCUCUCUUCUUCUUACGAUCGCAUGAUCAAGCUCUGGGAUACUGAGAAGGGUGUUUGCGUGAGCAAGUUCACGACUGGCAAGACUCCCCAUGUCAUCAAAUUCAACCCUGAUCCUGAACAUGCGAAUGAGUUUUUGGCUGGUAUGUCGGAUAAGAAGAUUGUCCAAUUCGAUAUUCGAACACCGAACGAGGUUGUCCAGGAGUAUGAUCAUCACUUAGCUGCCAUCAACACCAUCACAUUUGUUGAUGAGAACCGACGCUUUAUGACAACUUCUGACGACAAGUCUCUCCGAGCAUGGGACUACAACAUUCCUGUCCCCAUCAAAUACAUUGCUGAACCAGAUAUGUACCCUAUGACCCGCGCAGCUCCCCACCCCAGCGGCAAAUACGUCGCAUAUCAGAGUUCCGAUAACCAGAUUCUCGUCUACGGUGCAAACGACAAGUUCCGGCAGAACCGAAAGAAGAGCUACCGGGGUCACAACAACGCUGGUCUUGGCAUCGAUCUCGACUGCAGUCCUGAUGGACAAUUCCUUGCCUCAGGUGACUCUGGUGGUUAUGUAUGCUUCUGGGACUGGAAGACGUGUAAGAUGUAUCACAAGUUCAAAGCUGGAAACCAGGCUAUCACUACUGUCAAGUGGCAUCCCCAAGAGACCAGCAAGGUGGUUACGGCGGGUCUGGACGGUGAGAUUAAGUAUUGGGAUUAGAGGAUGUAUCAUAUGAUGGAUGGAUAAACUGCAUGGCAUGGCGCUCGGGAUUACAAGAAAACACAUACCAUUUACUGUAAUGGGCACUCGAUAAUUCUUCUUUGACAAGCUCGGGGAAGAAAACUUAGGGCCUCUAUCCUAAGUAAGGGAAGAGACUCAGGUGGGUUUGGGAUAUCUUAGUAUGCAUUUAGCGCACUUAAUCUUGACACGGUCCAGAGUUUUGCUUCCCUGGGGAUCAGGACCCCCUUUUAUUCUUGUGUGCUCGCGUGGCAUGCUGAUAUUGAUCCCUCAAAUGCCUCUUUUCCUUCACCAGGUUUCCAUUCUCAUCAUAGUACUCCCGCCCUUCGUCGUCCCAAACAGUGUCCUUCUCGAUGUCGGAAUUGGAAUAGCCAUGCUUCUCCGCUUGCCAUUCUCCGUAUUCCUCUUCAUCGUCCGAGAUCUCGCCCACCUCCUCAAUCACAAAUCUUGUACCCGUAGCAGGACCAAAGCCAUAAGGAAACCACUUCAGAGCUGCCGCUUUUCUAGCUUCCUUCUCACGUUGGAUAUCUCCAGGCGCCGUGCUUUUCGCUUCGGGGCGCUUCUUGGUCUUGGUCAGGUUGUUGAAUUCCUCAGGGUUGGUCUGUACGUCUUUGAGGGCCUGCUUGGCUGCCUCUGAGCCGAGAUCGAGGUGGAUGAAAUAGCAGGGAAUCAUGGCCAGUUCAUCGUGGACGAUGUAUUCAAAGCCCCCGUCGAAGUGCGAGUCAUAACCUUCAAUCAAGGGACCGUGGCGUCCGUCACUCCCGGUAUAUGUUCGACCCAUGAUAGUAGCGCAGACAAAUAACCUCAUACUAGGCAGCAUGCCGACUGGGGUCAUCUCUUUCUGCCCACGAGCAUAAGAUAUGGCAUAGAAGGCCUCUUGGGAUGAGUAGAUUCCUCGAUCAAAUGCUACGCCCGAUCUAGGAGAGGCGACGACUUGCUCUUCCACUAAUUUCCCAGGCAUCUUGAAACCAUGGCGGACAAUCGAUCCUACUGACUGAAGGGGCGUACCGUGGAAAGUCACACGAGGAGAAAUCAUGUCCUGAAUGAUAGUAUCGUGGCUAAUUUGGGCUCGGACUUUGCCGGCCUGCUUCGAGUGAGGCGGAAUUCUGUCUCGUAAACUCGUCCCGCACGAUCUCAGAUUCCAUGUGAAUGACUCUCC